UGUGUGAGAGAGAGGGAGAGGGAGAGGAAGAGGGAGAGAAGAGGGGAGAGAAAAGGGGGAAAGGGGGGAGGAGAGGGAGAGAGAGAGAGGAGGGAGAGAGGAGAGAGGAGAGAGAGAGAGAGAGAGAGAGAGAGAGAGAGAGAGAGAGAGAGAGAGAGAGAGAGAGAGAGACAGAGACAGAGACAGAGAGAGAGAGAGAGAGAUUGGAGAGGAAAAAACACAGGAGGCAAGGAGGGACGUUAGAAGCAAGCAAAAAGGCAAGAGGUAGGGGAAGAAAGAAUGAGGCAGAAAGAAUAACAUUCGAGAAGCAAUACAGUGGAUUGACUUGUUUUAUUUUAUUUUUGGUGUUGUUUUUCUUUUCCUCUUUUUUUUUUUUUAAAGUGAAGCAGUGAAAAGAAGCAAUGUCCAAGGGAGAAGAGAAGCUAAGGUCCUGGUGACACUGGGCGUCCAAGUGGAUUAUUGGGGCAAAACUGGAGGGGAGGCAGCAACCAGGUGCCUAGUCCUUCUCAUUACACGUAAUUCCAAAUCAGCAGCCAAUGAAGACAAGAGGCAGCGGGUGACAAAAAUAAUUUUUAAAGCCCUCGAGGAAAUGUAAACCAAGGGGAAAGCAUGAAUGGUGUGUCUGAAAGACAAGUGUUCCCAGCGCUUCCCUCUGUCCCUAGCUGGGGACAGUGGCCUGGUCCAGCCCAGCCCUGCCACCCACUACCUACUUAUUGGUGAUCUGAUUUUUUUCUUCUCCUCUCCUUCCUCUUUUGGGCUAACCAAGGAUACUGAAUUUGGAAACUAAAUAUUGUUCUCUCAGCCUCUCUUCAAAACAUCGACUUUGUCCCUUCUUGUCAAAGUAAUAUUUUGUGAUCUUAGUUAGAUAUCAGUUCUAUUUAUUAUUUUUUUUACCUAAGGAAAACUCCAACAUUCCCCCAAUUUCUCCCUCCAGACCUCCCCACCCACCCCACCCUACCCCAAGCUUUCCUUACUUUCCUUGCUACCCCUGCUUGGUGCUUUUUACCUGGUUUGCCUGGAAUCACAGCCCAGCGGAACCUGUUUAGACACAUGGAGAAGGAUCCCAACUUUGCAAGGCACAGAGCCUGCUUCUUCUUCCUAAGCUUUGCCAACGCUUCCUGGAAGUCCUGAAUCUCUUGCAGUGCAGUGAGUUCAUACACCUUCUUGCCAAGCCUCAGUCUUCGGGAUCUGGGGAGGCUGCAUCGAAAGCUCAGCCUGGUUUUCCUAAGUUCUUUUGCACAGCCCCUGGGCUCCUUUGCCAGGCCCAGCUGCUCCCCGGACCCCUUCUCCCUGUUUCACACAUGAAGAUGCACUUGCAAAGGGCUCUGGUGGUCCUCUCACUGCUGAACUUUGCCACGGUCAGUCUCUCCCUCUCCACUUGUACCACCUUGGACUUUGGUCACAUCAAGAAAAAGAGAGUGGAAGCCAUUAGGGGACAGAUCCUAAGCAAGCUUCGCCUCACCAGCCCCCCUGAGGCAUCAACGUUGGCCCAUGUGCCCUACCAUAUCCUAGCCCUAUAUAACAGCACCCGGGAGAUGCUGGAAGAGAUGCAGGAGGAAAAGGAGGAGAGCUGCACUCAGGAAAACACCGAGUCGGAAUACUAUGCUAAAGAAAUCCACAAGUUCGACAUGAUCCAGGGUCUUGCAGAACACAAUGAACUGAGUGUGUGUCCCAAAGGGAUUACCUCCAAGGUUUUCCGUUUCAAUGUAUCCUCAGUGGAGAAGAAUGGAACCAAUCUGUUCCGAGCUGAAUUCCGUGUCUUGAGGGUACCCAACCCCAACUCCAAACGGCAUGAGCAGAGAAUUGAGCUCUUUCAGAUCCUUCGGCCGGAUGAACACAUCGCCAAACAACGCUACAUCAGUGGCAAGAACCUGCCCACUCGAGGCACGGCAGAGUGGCUGUCUUUUGAUGUUACUGACACCGUUCGGGAAUGGCUCCUGCACAGAGAGUCCAACCUGGGGUUAGAGAUCAGCAUUCAUUGUCCGUGUCAUACCUUCCAAUCUAAUGGAGACAUCUUGGAGAACAUUCAUGAGGUGAUGGAGAUCAAAUUUAAAGGUGUUGACAAUGAAGAAGACUAUGGGCGUGGAGAUCUUGGGCGACUAAAGAAACAAAAGGAUCACCAUAAUCCUCAUUUGAUUUUAAUGAUGAUUCCUCCACAUCGCCUUGACAGUCCAGGCCAGGGAGGGCAAAGGAAGAAACGGGCUCUUGAUACCAACUACUGUUUCCGUAACUUGGAAGAGAACUGCUGUGUGCGUCCUCUCUACAUUGACUUCCGACAAGAUUUGGGCUGGAAGUGGGUUCAUGAACCUAAGGGCUACUAUGCCAACUUCUGCUCGGGUCCUUGCCCAUACCUCCGAAGCGCAGACACGACUCAUAGCACGGUACUGGGGCUGUAUAAUACGCUGAACCCUGAAGCAUCUGCUUCACCUUGUUGUGUGCCCCAAGACCUGGAGCCUCUGACCAUCCUGUACUAUGUUGGGAGGACCCCCAAAGUGGAGCAGCUAUCCAACAUGGUGGUAAAGUCUUGUAAGUGUAGCUGAAAUGCCAGCCCUCCCUGCAAUCAAGAGAGAGGGAGAGAGAAAAAGAAACAAACCCCCAAACCCAACAUAACUGCUACUGCUCAACUGCACCUAGGGAAACACAAGAAGAACAGACUUCACCUAGAGAUGGGGAGACCACAACCUUCAGCCCUGGACUAAUCGCUGAGACUGAGUCUCUCUUUUGGAACAUUUUCUCUUUCUUGCUAGCUCUGAUAAUGUCUGAUGGGAAAAAAAAAGGUAGGCUAGGGCAAGACCAGUGUCCCCAAAAUGCUUGGCUUUUUUGGUGAUGCUCUUUGGAUGGUGGAGAGAGGGAGGAGGAAGACAAAUCAAGGAGUUUUCCUUUGUUAGAGUAGAGGGAAAGGGAGAGAAAGUGUAGAAAAUGCUUGUGAGGGAAUGACACUUUUGAUCCGAGUUUAGGUUGGCUCAUCACUGUUGCCUGUCUGUCCUUCAGAAUCUGGAUUUCAUUUUCUUGAAGCUACACAAGGCAACCAUUUUCUUUCAUACAGAUCACCCAGAAAGGGGAAACUCCCAGAACUGUACUCUUUCUGCCUGGGUUUAGGGACAGUCACUACUUUUGCAGAUUGUCCCUUCUAUAUCUAUCACCUUUGGGCAUCCUUUGCAUCCUUUGGCCAAUAGAGGGAUAUAACCCAAUUCAGAGAAUCCCUGAGCAAACCGUUGAGCCCUGUGGGUAUGUUGAGCUCAGGAGCAAGAGGGUUGCUUGAUUGAUUACAUCAUAACUAAGAACUAGUCUACUCUGUUUGCCCUUUGGGCAGUUCUUCUCACUCUCUCCCUCAAUCCACUCCCCUUUGGAGUUUUUGCUAGACACCUUCCAGGUCAGGAUGACCACCUGGAUUUGAGAUCCACGCCAUCAUCAUUGACUGAGCCUGGAAGCAGGUACUGUGGCACGUGAGGCAUUUGGGGGAAAUCUCAUGUGUCUCUUAUGCAUUGACUUGGCCCCAGACUCACAUGGGCUGAGGUUUUUAAACACACACACACACACACACACACACACACACACACACACACACACACACACACACACAAAUAUUAUUCUCAACAACUUUUGUAUAAAUAAAUAUUUUGGGGGGAACUUGAAUCAUUUCAUCUAGGAAAUAGCUCCUGGAACAUUAAGAACUUUGUUCCUAGGUAUAAUCUUUCCUAAUAGAGACCCUCUUAUCCCUAUUUCCACCUCUACCACUCAAAGUAAACUGGAACCUGGAACAGAGGAUCUUCAACUCUAAUAACAUUGCUUUAGCAUGAAUGCACUGGGAUCUGCCCGCCUCUGAACUAGGCAUUCUGUAUUGUAAUGCCUGCUCCCACAAUGGUGCUCCAAGGUAUAUACACUCUUAAUACCAAUGAGGAAUUCUCUCAGAUAUGGAGAAAAUCAGUUGGUCAGACUACAUUAAACUGAAUCUCUCCCCAAAUAGGGAAAGAUAGCUGCAAACAUAUUCACCUAUAUACAUAUGAACACUAGCAUAUAAGGAUAUGCUCCAAUAUAUUCAAUCACUAUUCCAACAUUUCUGCAAAGUCACCUGAAGAGCAUUUCAAAUGUCUAUGACAGGAGGCCCAAGAAUGCAGUUAUUGUGGUAUCCUGAGCACAGACUGGAACGAUAACCAGGAAUACCUUUAGGAAAAAAACCAAAAAACGGUGCCUCUUGACAGUGUUUCCCGAGCUAGAGACAAAGGAAUGCCCGUUGCUUUCAAUCUCUAAGAUUUAAGGGCCUCUGGCCUCCAGAGAAAUUUCGAAUUCUACUCUGGCACUGAUUCUCAAAUGCUCACCAUGUGUCGUGGAGGCAGGAACGAGGCCGCCUUUAUCUCAUCCUGGGAACUACUUUCCCUGCAGCACUGAUAUCACCUUCCCCCGUAGUAAAACAAAAACAUAAACAUCAAAUGCUGACAUUUAUAAAUUCUCUUUUAAUAGAAGACAUAAAGAGUUUAGGGUUUGGAUUUUUUUUUUGGUUGGGUUGUUUUUUAUUUUGUUUUUUUGUUUUUGAUAUCCCCCUCUGGGGGUUCGUGUAUGCUGAGCUGCCAUGAAAACUUUAGUUGCUAUCCUAUUUCUGCUUUGGCUACGGCCAGACCGCACGAGGAUUCCUCAACUUAACUGCAGUCCACACCAAGGAACGUCAGGCACACUGCAUUUCCUACAAUAGCUUAACUUCCCAAGGCCUCGACCCAACAGCCAGCGGACAUGCAUCUCCCAGAGGGGACAGGGAGGCGGCUUGUCCAAGGUGAAGCCAGACUAGCUUUGUGGAACUGAGGACUGAACGCUGUUCUCCCAGAUAACCAGUUUGGGACUCUACCUGCUACCUCUCAUUCACGCGGGUCUUGAGAUAGGAAAGAAGGAGGGUCUUCUUGCCAUCACUUGUCCCUCCUCACUCCCUCUCGCCCUCCAAAUGCUCCCUCCUCCCCCAGGAAGUCUUCCCUUUGUUGAAUCCAGCCAGGCCUGCCCAAAGUGGGGCAGUCUUCUGUGGGCAUCGGAGAGGCUUCAUCCGAAGCCGUGCUGCUAGGUGCACUUCUUGAGAUAACCCAAAGAAAACAGACAACAGUGUGAUUCCAAAGAUAUUUUUUUAUGGAAGAAGUCUUCUCGUGCCUUAAUCACCACAUGCAAAUAUGGGCAGGGAUCUGGUUUCCAGGGACACAACUACAUACACCAUUUACAGAGACUAUAAAAACGUGAAUCAUCGAGUCUCCAUUUUCAUACAUACAUGUUGGUUAUGGGGGUCAGGAAGUAAGGAGGAGCACCAGAUACAUUAGCACAGCCUUGGGGGGGAGGGAGGAGGCGGGGAGGUCAGGAAGGAUUCUAGGAUGGACUGUUUAGCUUCUCAUUAUGAGCUGCCCAGUACCGACAAAAUUACUUGAAAGCACUUGGAUAAGUGAAAGAGAUGUGAAGCCUCUUAUCAGCACCUGCUAAGUCAGAAAGACCAUUAACUAAUCUGCUCUGACCUGAUUAUUUUAAGAAGUUCUGAACAGUUCCAUUAGUGGACACCCCUCAAUCGCGGGGGAGCGCCCUGGCUGUCCAUUCACAAGUACCAUUACAGUAGGUUCCAAAUAACCCCUUUAUUCUCAGACCUUCAUAUUCAAAGGAAACGGUAGAACUAUUUUGUCCCCCAAACUAAUCCAUGGUUGAAUGGAAAGAACCACAAUAGAUGUCCCUCAAGCUAGUAUCCCAGGCACCAGUAACAUCUGGAAACGUAUGCCUGCUCCCUUCACAACAAAUAGAUCUUGUCACUCUAAGUAAUUUUUUUUUUAACAGAGACAAAAAAAAAUGCACCAAACCCUUUGUUUUCAUUCAUUAAAAAGACUUUUCAAAAGCUGCUCAUAGGUAA